AUGUCUAGCUUCAAACACCAAGAGAAUCAGCAGUUGGAACUUCGGUCGCGUUUCAUCUGUCCGCCUCGCGAGGAAGAAAAAGGCAGAAUCCCCAGAUUUCAUGAACGUGUCAAUCUUCGCUGCAAGUUCCAUCGUCAUUCUGUGCCAGCAACCUCCACUCCUUCUCCCACUGUGUUACUUCCCAAUCGCAACAUGAAGUGGUCGACUCUCCUCCCUGUGGCCAUCUCGGUCUCGCUCAUCCCAGCUGCAUUGGCCUGGGAAGUCUCCUGGACAGACGCCAACGGCAAGAAACAGCAGGAGUCUGGCCAUGGCCCCAGCGACUGCAUCCAGAUCGACAACCCCGCGGGCAAUCUGUUCAAGAUCGAUGCGCAGAACGAAAACGACAUCAACAUGCUGCUCUUUACCAACGAUCAAUGCUCAGGCGAGGCCGCCGGCAUGGCGACCCAGGUCUUCUCGAAGGAAUCGUCGCAGCAUCUCCUCGGCUUCCAGGUCGUGAGUCUCUCGUCCACGACCGGCUCCACGGGCGCGACCAAGACCGCCUCCAACUCGACCGCUGAGUCCACGGGGAAAACCACGGCGACGUUAAACAGCGCCUCUGCGACGACGUUUCCCUCCUCACAGAGUCAGUCGCCUACCGUGGGCGCCGACGAAUCCAUGACUCUUUUGCCGAUCAUGUCCACCACCACCACCCCCGCCAUCACCACCACAUCCACGACGUCUGAAGCGACUUCUUCGGCCGGUUCAUCUACCGGAGUGAGUGCCUCGAGCACGCCGACCAACAAUGCCUCGCCGAAAUUGGGGUCGGGGGUUGGUAUUGUGGGGGCUGUGGGUGGAUUUUUGGGGCUGAUGAUGGUGUAA